CUCAGACCCUCUCCCAGCAUGGGGUCUGCAUGCUUUUCUGCCCCAUUGUUCCGAAACUUCAUAAAGAAAAAAAAAGGAGGAGGAAGAAGAGAGUGAAAAAAAUCGCACAAAAGCUGUUGAAAACAUCCUUAAUAACACAUUCUAAAUAAUUUGGCAAAACUGGAUGGAAGGGAAUAGAAAGCACAAACUCAAAUUUUAUCUGCAAGACGGCAUCCUUGGGUUAUUUUUUAUUUGAACCUUGUGUUUUGGACGUUUUUUUUUUUUUACCUGGGUGCAAAUCAAACAUCAACAUCAAUGAUUUUGGUGGUUUUCUUUGUAAGCUUUGUCUUCCUGCCGCUAGGAUGGGGCACACAGGUGAACUAUUGUCAUUGUGGUCAAGCAUUGAAGCCUGAAGGACAUGACCUAUUGAUUUCCCAACGUCACCCAAGGCACAUCCACCACCACCGACCCAAAAGAAGACACCGCGUAAGAGGUAUGAAGUCACGUUUAAGUGAAUUUGGCCCGCGUAUUAUUGAACAUCCUUCGGACACGGUGGUACGUCGGGACCAGCCGGUAACCAUGAACUGCCGAGCCGAAGGGAACCCUGAGCCCUCAGUGGAGUGGUACCACAACGGAGUGAAAGUCAACUUCUCCAACUUUCAUGGCUCCCUGAUCCACGAUGGUUCCAUAUUCUUCUACCAGAUAAAAGGAAAAUCGAAUGAAGGGAUUUACACCUGCCUGGCCCGGAAUAACCUGGGGAUGGCCAUCAGCAGGAACGCCUCUCUCACAAUUGCUGUUCUGAAAGAAGAGUUUCGUCAGGAGCCAUCAGAUAAGAUGGUGGCAGCAGGCAAACCACUGGUGCUUGAGUGCUCUCCGCCUAAGGGACAUCCAGAGCCGACAGUGACGUGGAAGAAAGAUGGAACUAUUCUGAACCAGAACAGCAGCUAUUACACGGUGUCUUCCGGUAAGCUUUCCAUUGCUCGUGCGCAGAGAUCAGAUUCGGGGGUCUAUGUCUGUCUCGCUUCCAACCAGGCCGGUGAGAAGAAGAGUCGUUCUGCUCAGAUCAAUGUGCUGGAGCCACUUCUGUUCACCAACAAACCAGCAGAUGUGGUCAUCAAGGCUGGCAACACUGUGCAGUUUUCAUGCGGAGCCCAGGGUGUGCCCAGACCUAUCAUACAAUGGAGCAAAGAGCAGGGGACGCUUCCUAUUGGCCGGUACGCCAUAACCAAUGAGAACACGCUGAGUCUGCAGCGGGUCACCGUCCAGGAUUCGGGAAAGUAUAUCUGCACCGCUAGGAACCAGGUGGACACGGUGUCUGUCACUGCCCAGCUGGUGGUGGAAGAUCCUCUGGAUACGGGUCAGAGGGACAGACAGAAGGAUAUCCUUCAAGAAUUAUCAGGUGUGCGAGUGUAUCUGGACACGGUCACUGUGCAGAACUCAUCCUCUGUGCAGCUGCAAUGGAAGGUGUCAUCACUGUCACAGUACACCGAGGGGUACGUCGUAUUUUAUCGCCCUCAUCUGCCCCCGGAUUCUGAAUGGGUAAAAUGGCGCUCGGUCCCACUAACAGAAAACAGCGCCAUCAUCCCAUCUCUGGUGAAAGGACAGAGGUACGAGUUUAAAGUUCGACCGUAUGGACGGGCCACCUUCGGCACUGACAGUAACAUCAAACACGUCCAGAUCCCAGAAGGAGUUCCUGGGCACGCUCCUCGGAACAUCAAUGUCACCCUGGUUGAUGACAACGGUGGGUCGGUGUUAGUCAGCUGGGAGCCGCCACCUCCGACCACUCACAGAUGGGUCAUUAAAGCUUAUAAGGUAUGGUGCUUCGGAAAUGAGACCCAUCACCAAGCCAACUGGACCGUAGACUUAGAAACCCGGCGCCUGGAGAUUGCAAUGUUACCUGCGGGUGUUACCUACCAGAUUCAAGUAGCCGCCAUCUAUGAUGUAGGUGUUGGAAAACCAAGCCAACCAAAGUACAUCUUUAUAGAUUUCCCUGAAGGGAAAGAAGAAACACAGGGUGAUCAUAUUCCUCUAGAUCUCCUCCUGCAGGUUAUAAAACAUCCGGCUUUUAUCGCCACAGUGGGUGGCACCAUCUGGAUCAUGCUAAUGGUGGUCGUGGUUUACCUGUGUCAGCGUCACUCAAAGCCUUACAGCUCCAAGAAACACAGCGGUCUGUAUCGAUUUGCAAGUGAGGACACUAUCAUCAAACACAGGAUGGACACAAGUGACUCCCCGUGGCUUUCCAACACUUGGAAAUCUGCAUCAUGUUCAAGAAACUACAGUAGCACGACCAGCGUGAACAGCCAGUUAAUGUGGAUGGAAAGCAAAGACACCUCCGACUUUCACAAAUCCACAAUUUCAUUUGAACGUAAAAGUGAGACUAGCCGCAGCCAGAUAAUCCCGCUAGUGCCUGAUACUGGUAGCAUGUAUGGAGCUUUAUAUGUGGAUCUUCCUGGAAAAGAAAUGACGACCUUCCAGUGUCCUCUGCCCACCAGACUGCCUGGAAUGGGGAUCAGGGCAAAAUCGGCCACGUCUCCAGGUCUCCUUGACCACAGCUUGUUCCUGCGUGGUUCUAAUCCUGGUAGUGCUAGCAAUCUAACGCAUGGUGGAUCCAGAAACAAGAUCCCACGCAAGCCAGUUCUCCCCGUACCACCCAGCAUGGCCUUAAAAGAACCCUGGAGCCAGAACUGCAAAAGAGAGCUUCAUCAUGUGAAUAGCGCUCCUCUGUCCCCAUUUGGUCAGACGGCCAACAAAAGCGAUAGUGUGCCCAGUGUAAAGAGCUUGGACGGAGCCCCGGCAGGAAAAGUGGAAUACACUAAAGUUAUGAAGACCUUGAGUUCUCCUAAAGUUCUCCAGUACACAACUUCUCUCAAAGUCAUGGACUUUCUGCCCUACACCCCGUCUUUGCCACCACCCCCUCUCCCUCCACCAGAUGAGGAGUCAGCCACAGAGACUCAGGAAAAAAUGAUCCCUGGUCGCCCCUCUUAUUCUAAACUACAACAAGACAAUGACCACAAACAAGCUAAUGUCGCAAAAAAAAAGACUCCGCCAGAUACUUUACAUUUCAGUCAUAACUCACCUGUUUUCUUGUCAGUCAGUGAUGAUCAUGUGCUCACUCAAAACGAGGUCGCCCAUUAUCUAGAACUUAGCGAAAGAGGGGACAAUACCAGGCACCCCUCUGAGAGUGAAUCAACCCUCCCGAGGCCCUUCUCCUCCAACACCUAUGGUUAUAUCUGCAGCCCUUUGCCAUCCGAGAUGGCGGAAGAGGAUGCAGUGGAUGAAGAUGAUGACCUGGAACUGGGAGAGGUCAGCUCGUUAAAGUCGUAUCGCAAGUAUUGUGAGACUCCUACAUCCAGCAUCAGUGAUUACGAGAGCUCUAUGGCCGGCUCAUUGGUCAACGGUUGGGGGUCAGUGUCUGAAGAUAAUUACACCAGUGCCCGCUGCAGCAUGGUCAGCUCUUCUGAUGGCUCUUUCCUGAUGGACGCCAGUUUUGCCAAGGCACUGGCUGUGGCCGUGGACAGUUUCUGCUUGGGAAUGACGCAGUCGGAGGUAGCGGACCGACUCCAAAGUGAUUUCUCACCAUCUGCGUCCCCUUUGGAUGGAGCAUUAGCUCCGCAAAACCAGACUGAUGGCGCCGAUCAGAACAAGAAGGCUAAACUGAAUCCACUGCCAGUCCUAGAUUGGAACAUUGAUUGGAUGGAUGAAAUGGAGGCAAAGUACAACCAGAGGAGUCAUACCAGGGCUCCGUAUCCCUUCAGUAAAAAGAUGGAACAAUUUAAAUGAGUUUUCAGCUCCUCAAGCAAGAUCGGCAGGCUGGCAAGUCUUGAGAUCACAGAUUCCAGUUUACCAUCCCGAUGGAACCCGUCGUCCAGCCCGCAGAAGUGAACUUGCCAUGUCCUGUAAUGCCCUCGCCUGUGCCAUGGGGUAUUUACUGUAUUAAAGAAAAAGAAAAAAAACAUUGCUUUAUGAAACCCUGCAUGGCAUGAAACCUGGAGCAUGCAAGGUGUUCCGACCUUUCGUAUGUGCCUUUUGCAUGACAUCACUUCAAUAAUAUACAGUAAAACCUUGGUUUGAGAGUCAUUCGGUUU